AUGCCUGCCCCACACGGAGGUAAAUUACAAGAUCUAGUCGCUAGAGACUUACCACGUCAUAACGCCCUACUUGAGGAAUCCACCAAGUUAGCUCACCAAUGGGUUCUAACUGAACGUCAAUUGUGUGACAUUGAACUGAUCUUAAACGGUGGGUUCUCUCCACUGGAUGGGUUUUUAAACCGUGCUGAUUACAAUUCUGUGGUCUCUUCCAGUCGUCUUGAAGAUGGUACGCUAUGGCCAAUGCCAAUCACUUUGGAUAUCAACAACGAAUCAUUCAUCAAAGGUAAGGUACAAAGUGGAGAACGUAUUGUCCUGUCUCAGGAUGGUGAGAUUCCAAUUGCUAUCCUUACUGUCCAGGAUAUUUGGCAACCAGAUAAGUCUGUCGAGGCUGCAAAGGUAUUCCGUGGUGAUCCUGAACAUCCAGCGAUUCGUUAUUUGAACGAACAAGCUGGUGACUGGUACAUCGGUGGGUCCCUAGAGUGUAUCCAAUUACCUGUCCAUUAUGAUUACCCCGGUGCACGUAGAACCCCAGCUCAAUUGAGAGCAGAAUUUGAUUCUCGUCAUUGGGACCGUGUCGUUGCUUUCCAAACUAGAAACCCAAUGCAUAGAGCCCACAGAGAAUUGACUGUGAGAGCCGCUAGAGAAACUAACGCUAAAAUCUUGAUCCAUCCAGUGGUUGGGUUGACCAAACCCGGUGAUAUAGAUCACCAUACAAGAGUACGUGCAUACAAUGAAAUCGUCAAAAGAUACCCUGCUGGGAUGGCUCUUGUAUCCUUAUUACCACUAGCAAUGAGAAUGGCUGGUGAUCGUGAAGCUCUAUGGCAUGCAAUCAUUAGAAAGAAUUAUGGUGCUACUCAUUUCAUUGUUGGUAGAGAUCAUGCAGGUCCAGGUAAAAACUCAAAGGGUGUCGAUUUCUAUGGCCCUUAUGACGCUCAAGAAUUAGUCGAAUCUCAUCGUGAUGAGUUACAAAUUACUGUGGUACCAUUUAGAAUGGUUACUUACUUACCAGAUGAAGAUAGAUACGCUCCAAUAGAUACUGUCGAUACGUCGGUGACACGUACUCUGAAUAUCAGUGGUACUGAAUUAAGACGUCGUUUAAAGGUUGGUGCUUCCAUCCCAGAAUGGUUUUCUUACCCGGAGGUCGUUAAGAUUCUAAGGGAAUCAAACCCACCAAGACCAAAACAAGGGUUUGCUCUAUCUUUAUUACCUGGGAACUUAAAAGUCUCUACUAAACAAUUAUCAACUGCAUUAUUAUCUAUCUUCCUACAAUUUGGUGGUGAAAGAUACUAUAAAGUCUUGGAUCGUCAAUUUGAUGACGCAGAAGUUUUACAUGAAUUGAUUAAUGAUUUUGUUCAUGCUGGUUCAGGUUUAAUUAUCCCAACCGAUGUCACUUUGGUUCAAAGUAAAUUGACUAAUGUCUAUACAGUAGGUAAUUCCGAUGAUGCUGACAUCAAAGUUAGUGAAACCGAUGGUUCUGUUUUCGAUGUCGUCCAAAGAGUUGUCUUAUUCCUAGAAGACAAUGGCUACAUCAACUUUUAA